GCCAGCCAGCUCUUCGUCCUCCUAACUCAUCAGGAAGCCGCCACGGGUACGAAACUUGCCGCUGUGAGCGUCGACAUCGCACACGCCACUCUACGCGACUCGUCAUCAAUGAAGACCAUCGCCAUCAUGACAAUGGUCUUCUUGCCGGGAACGUUCUUGUGCUCGCUCUUCGCCGUCCCCACGCUGCUGUGGGAUCAAGACGAGGUCAUUGGGCCGAGGUUCUGGGUCUUGUGGGCGUUCACGAUUCCCAUCACCGUCGCCACCGUCGGAGCCUGGUUCGUCUUGACUGAGUGGGAGGGCAUUGUCAAGCACUGGAAUCGUCGGAGAUUGGGAACAAGCGAGAAGAUCACGACUGGCGAGGGAAUUCCGAACAGCUCUAGGUUUGCUGGAUCCCAUGUAGUAGGGCUAAAACGAUCCCCAACACUUCCAGGGCCGUGACGGGCGAAAGCAACGGGAUGAACCGGUUGGGAAUUGGAAGAGGACAAAAGGAGGCCAUCUCGGUAGUUCAACGUAUCAUGGCGUAGCCCUACUCCAUCGAGAUGUGGAAGACGGUGAAGGACGAGCUUGACUCCUCAAUGUGUCACCUAAUUACCUCGAAUCUGGCGAACGAACCAUCAUAGAUAGAACUUACCUAUUACUACGGUGCCUGAAACGAGUACGACAGUUAUGGUCGAGAGUGUGCCGA